GGAUCACUACGUGUAAACACUGGGCGCGGCGUCCCUCUGACGGAGAAUGACAGCUCACGCGAGUCUGAACUGUCGGAAUGCUCGAGACGUGGACAUGUUCAUGGCUGUUUUUCCCUGUGCCUUGGCACCGCUUGUUUGUGCCACCGUAGUUCAACCUCUAUCCGAGCUGUCCUGCUUUGGGGUUGAAAGACCUUAAAUGCGGACAGGUAGAGAAGCUGUCUCCCGUUUUUUCUCUCUGUGACUAGUGAAGGCUCUCAGGAUAGUCAUGGAUACGAGAGAGACCAAAUCAAAAGACGAAUCAAUGAAAACCAAGACCGCCAAGAGCAAAGAGAAGAAACAAACUGCAGCGAAGUUAUUUCGAAAGAAAUCAUUUAAGUCAGUGGGAAGUCUUAUGAAUAAAAUUCUGAAAACUUUGGGCACAUGGGCUCAUGUCGGGGACGCUGAACCGGUGGAUGGAGAAGAUGAUGACGGGGGAUUUCGGGACGGUACACCUUGCACGCUCAGCGCGAACUCAGGAUAUAUGAAAGAGGACACCCAGGUCACGUCUGAGCGCUUAACGAAAAAAAGUUUGACGCUUUCAUCCCGUCACGUAAACUCUCUUAAAGAUAGAUUGUCCUUGUCUUAUGGAGACAAAACUCCUGGUGUCCUGGGUCUGAAAAAUCACGGAAACACUUGCUUCAUGAAUGCAGUAGUACAGUGCUUAAGUAACACCGACUUGCUGGCGGAAUAUCUUUGCCUUGAACGGUACAAGUUGGAUUUCAGUGAAAGGAGAGUCAAUGGAAUUGUAAAGACUGAGGACAUGCAGUCUGCCCAGGGAGAGGUGACUGAGCAGUUAGCGUCUCUUGUCAGGGCGCUAUGGACUUUGGAAUACACUCCUCAGUUAUCCGUGGAAUUUAAGAGUAUCGUGUCCAAAUAUGGCUCUCAGUUCCGGGGAAACUCCCAGCAUGAUGCCCUGGAAUUUCUUCUCUGGCUCCUGGACCGUGUUCAUGAGGACGUCAAUCCCUCCUCCUGCACAAACAACCACAACAAGUGCAAAACUUCUGGAAAGGGCCUGGCAGGACCAGAGGGGGCGCCGACAGGGGAUACACUGGUCCCUCAGCAGCAUGCAGAGCGCCACAGCUUUGUGCAGGAACACUUCCAGGCACAGUACAAGUCGUCACUGACAUGCCCUCAUUGCCUUAAACAGAGCAACACCUUUGACCCUUUCCUCUGCAUCUCACUUCCCAUCCCACUACGACAGACCAGGCCUGUGUAUGUGACUCUGGUGUUCAGCACUAAAGGCCAGCGGUACCUGCGUGUGGGGCUGGCCAUGCCACUGUUCGGCUCCCUGGCCUGCCUGCGCAGGAUGGUGGCUGACGAGGGGAAGAUCUCUCCAGACCAGGUGAUCCUAGCUGAGAUCUACUCCACUGGCUUUCAGCGCUCCUUCUUUGAUGAGGAUGACCUGACCAGUGUCGCUGAGAACGACAUCAUCUAUGCCUUCCAGGCCUCCCCCCUGUUCAUCCGGGGAGGCUCCGCGCGAAUCUCAGGGUACCACCACAGUCUCCCCUCCUCCCCCUACUCCACCUCAGGGCCCGAAGGUCAGAGGUUACCUGCCUCGGGGGCGCUGUCGUCUGAGUUCCUCAACCAGGGCAUCCCUGGGAAGGUGCUACUGCUGGUCUGCAAUGCGGCAGGGUUGGGCCAACAAACUGUCAGGUUUGGACCGCCGUUCCUGAUGCGCGAGGACAGGUCUGUGUCGUGGGACCAGCUGCAGCAGAGCAUCCUCAGCAAGCUCUACUACCUUAUGAUCAACGGAGCCCAGGCCCAGAGCUCCAGGGUGCUGUUCAGGAUUCGUGUGGUUGGGGGAUCAGCUUCCUACAGCUACCUCUGCCCUCAAGACGGAAGGCCACUCUGUCAUCCAGCUGUGGAUCGAGCACUGAAGCUGUGUGGCUCUGGCGGACCGCGCCAUGUGAAGCUGGUUGUGGAAUGGGAGCAUCACAUCAAAGACUGCCUGUUUGGGAACAUCCAGGAGGAGGUGGUGAAAGAUGCGGAGAGCGUGCGCUCGCAACAACAUCAGCAUGUGCAGCAGUACAGCUGCACCCUGGACGAGUGCUUCCAGCUCUACACCAAAGAGGAGCAGCUGGCACCAGACGACGCGUGGAAGUGCCCGCACUGCCAGCAGCUGCAGCAGGGCACAGUGCAGAUGAGCCUGUGGACGCUCCCGGACAUCCUCAUCCUGCACCUCAAGCGUUUCCGGCAGGUGGGCGACAGGCGCAACAAGCUUUCCACGCUGGUGCACUUCCCCUUGACCGGCCUGGACAUGGCCCCCCACGUGGUGAAGAGGCAGCAGGGAGCGGCACCCCCACACCACCACCAGAGCCAGCAGCACCCGCGAAACCCCCAGCAGCAGCAUCAACAGCAGCAGCCCCAGGACUUCCUGUACGAUCUGUACGCCGUGUGCAACCACCAUGGAGGCAUGCAUGGGGGCCACUACACAGCUAACUGCAGGAACUCGGUGGACGGCCAGUGGUACAGCUACGAUGACAGCAGUGUGGAGACGGUACCUGAUGGGGAGGUGUGCACGCGAGGGGCCUACAUCCUCUUCUACCAGCGCCGCAACACCAUCCCCCCCUGGUCAGCCAGAUCUUCACUCAGAGGCUCCAGCAACUCCAGCUCCUCGGACCACUGGCUCAUCCGCCUGGCAGGGGACAGUCCCCCCGCUCCUGAUUCUCCAGUCUUUCUGGAGCAGUCAGCAAACACAGACACAGAGGGUUUUGAAAGCAAGCCGUUGAUGCGUGGGACUCAAGGCCGGAGCGUGAGCAUGCGGUCACCCACCCGUCCAAGCAGAGAUGGCCUGGGCCGCAUGCUGCCCCUGCGCUGGUCCUUUGGCUCCAAGGACCGCCAGAAACCUGCCACCCCCGGAAUCAUGCCUGGAGAGCUGGUGGAGUACCUGGAGUCUGGGAGACGGCCCCGGUGCACCAAAGAGCCCAUCGUUCCUCUCGUAGCCAGCCCACCCACAGGCAAGGCUCAGACACUCCGUCGGAAGCCAGAAUCCAGCGGUUCCCCCAGCAGGACUAGCCCGGGCAGGGGACCCGAGUCUCCACGGGUGCCGGAGGGCCAGAGCCGGAGGCUGCCCAGCGGCCCAGAGCAGGUCUGCCUGAGCAGCAGGGACGACAGCUCUCUGGGAAGGAGGAGCUCCAGGAGGGCUGGGACCAGGGGUGCUCAGGACCCUCAGCCCCAACCCAGCCAGGCCCACCCUAACCUCCCCACCAUCACCAGCACGGCUCCGUCCAACAGGGACUCCACUCUGAGGCGGGCCAAGGCCCAGCAGGGCCCUCAGGGGUUCAGCAGGACCGGGUCGCCGGCCGAGGCUCCAGCCCAGACGGCAGAUCACCGGACGGGGACGAGGAGCGGGGAGGUAGGGGCCCAGCUGAAAAGCUCUGUGUCCCUGCUCCAUAAGAAGAGAGACCAAGUUCCACACAGGCCCAGAGAGCACGAGGAGAAGCUCCCCAACGUGAGUUUGUCCGUCAGGCCCCUAUUCUCCAACGGCUCCCUGACUGGCGCCGCCCUAGAGGACAAGCGUACCAAUGGCUCGGCUCUGCCCUUCCGAGGGCACUGUGCGCGUCAUGGCAAAGCAGCAGCGACACCCAACGGCAGGAAGUGCCAAAGCAGCACUGCCACCACUGCUGCUGCCGCCAUCAACGCAGACAUAAAGCGAGCUCACAGCUCCUCGAGUCUUCAGGCGAAGCUGGACGGCAGCCUGCGCAGGACAGCGUCGCUUCAGAGGAACGGCCAGCUUGGCCCGCCAGCGCUGCCCCACGCCUUGGUAAUGGACAGGCCGUCCUACGCCACGUUACAACGGACCCGCUACAGCACCACCUCCUUGGGCAGGCCCCGGAGAGUGCCGGAAUCAUGCUUCUAAAAUAAAAAGGAGUUAGCGAACUAGCUAGUUGUACUGCAUACCGAGCAACUAAGUAAUAACUGGGGCCAGUUUCCGAGUCCCAUGGAUAUGAGCAUUGUGAGUCAUUGGGUAUUGAUGAUCUUGAUACACUUUGUUAUUUUUCACCUUUUGAUUUCUUUUACUGAUAGAUUCUACUAGGGAGUUGUUAAACCCUCGAAGCAGCACAUUUCAUUUCCACCAUUCUUGUUGAAUAUCCCCUACUUAAAAGAAAUGGAAAAAGGGCAGCAGUCACUAAACUAAGAUGAGGCGCAAAUCUCAUGUAUAGACUACAGGACUGUCAUUAUUGUCAUUGAGGCUUGCGCCACAAUGGAAGUUCCUCUCCAAUUUUGAUUCAGUAUGGACCACAACACAAUAUUGUUGGACACAAUUUUAAUAAUUAUUCCCCAUAUGGCUAUUCCCCUGAUGGCAAUAUUGCUUUUGCUGAUUUUUGAUCACAGUUUCCAAGCAUAAGAAGGAGAACAGUUGAGGCUCCAGGCUCUCAUAGGUCUGCUAUUGCAGAUGUUGUGGAUGCAAGCUACAGUUUUCAAGUGGUUUCAUACAAUGCCCUAGCCUGACGAGCCAGACCCACAUUAAAAUGUAGGGUCUGGGGACUCACCGUUCGCAGUGCUCAGUCCGAGG